CAGGAAGCUGCGCUACGGAAAGAGGGAGGAGACUGCGGCGGCGACAGCAGGGACUGGUGGAAUCCCGAUGUGGCUGAGGGGCCGCCACCGCCAGCAGGGAGGCGGAGGGCUAGCAAGCCAAGCGGUGGCAACGCCGCUGCAGUCCUCUUUGCCUGCCUUGCAGCCCUCCUAGACACGCUCAUCUACGGAUCCUACCCUCCCAGCUCUUGCAAGCAUUCACUCGGCCGGUCGCCUGCUGACCCUCCUUCGCCACAGGCUCAUAGCGGAGGCAGCAGCGAGGUGUCCGAUUUGGGCACGUGAGGCCCGCGAUCCGCGGCGGUGGACGCCAGGCAGGGCAAGGCCAUUAGUGGGCGCCAGAAUGGAGAGGGGGAUGGGAAGGAAUCCAGCAGGAGACCUGGGGUGGAGGUGGGCGCCAGGCAAAAGUCGGGUUGGGGAGUGCGGUGAGCUACAUGAAAAGGGGGUAAGAACGGGAGCCAGACAAGGAUUUGAAGCAGGCAUGAAGACCCCCAACGCACAGGAAGCCGAAGGGCAACAAACCAGGGCAGCUGCAGGACGGGCCACUGGGUCUGCAAACAUGACAAAGAAAAAAGUCUCCCAAAAGAAGCAGAGAGGCAGACCUUCAUCCCAGCCCCGCAGGAACAUCGUGGGAUGCAGAAUUUCUCAUGGAUGGAAAGAAGGAGAUGAGCCCAUCACCCAGUGGAAAGGAACCGUUCUGGAUCAGGUGCCUAUAAAUCCCUCUCUUUAUCUGGUGAAAUAUGAUGGAAUUGACUGUGUUUAUGGACUGGAACUUCACAGAGAUGAAAGAGUUUUGUCUCUUAAAAUUCUUUCUGACAGGGUGGCAUCAUCUCACGUUAGUGAUGCCAACCUUGCAAAUACCAUAAUUGGCAAAGCAGUGGAACACAUGUUUGAGGGAGAGCAUGGUUCUAAGGAUGAAUGGAGGGGUAUGGUCUUAGCUCAAGCACCUAUCAUGAAAGCCUGGUUUUAUAUUACCUAUGAGAAAGAUCCUGUCUUGUACAUGUACCAGCUUCUAGAUGAUUAUAAGGAAGGUGACCUCCGCAUCAUGCCAGAAUCCAAUGAGUCUCCUCCAACAGAGAGGGAGCCAGGAGGAGUUGUAGAUGGCCUGAUAGGUAAGCAUGUGGAAUAUACCAAAGAAGAUGGCUCCAAAAGGAUCGGCAUGGUCAUUCACCAAGUGGAAGCCAAACCCUCUGUGUAUUUCAUCAAGUUUGAUGAUGAUUUCCAUAUCUAUGUCUAUGAUUUGGUGAAAAAGUCCUAACUGUUAGGGUAAAAUUUGGCACAUGUGUGGAAACAAAUGUAUAAUUUGUAGACAUGCAAAAAAUGUUGCCUUUCAGUGUAUUGAAAGCUUAUGGAAUCCCUGAUAACCCAACAUCUUUGCCAGCAUUAACUGUUGUUUUGCUCUAAAAAAUACAAACUCGUGUGUAUAUGA